AUGUUUACCAUUUCGAGUAAAUUCUAUCGAUUCGGUGUAAUUCCUUUUCAUGUUACCACUGGUAGCAGGUGUAUUCAUUCAGUUGUGUGUGCUGUGUCCGGUGGUGUAGACAGUGCUGUUUCUGCAUAUUUAUUAAAAAAGAAGGGAUUUCAAGUCAAAGGUGUAUUUAUGACCAACUGGGAUGUAUUAGAUGAAAAAGUCGAUUGUUCUAUUGAUAAAGAUCGUCAAGAUGCUCAGUAUAUUUGUGAACAUUUGGGUAUACCGUUCUAUGAGAAAAAUUUUGUCAAAGAAUAUUGGAAUUAUGUAUUUCUACCCUUAAUCAAAUCCUAUGAACAAGGAGCUACACCGAAUCCAGAUAUUUUAUGCAAUAGAUUUGUAAAAUUUAAUAUGUUCACAAAAGCUGUACUAAAAGGUGGCAAUCAUGAGGAUAACGAUGGUGGUAAUGGUGAUGGUGAUUCUUCAACGUCAUCAAGUUUAAAAGCUGAUGCCAUUGCCACUGGUCAUUAUUGUAGAAAUUCUUUUGGAGCAUAUUUACAGCAUAAAAGGAGUGAUGUUGAAGCCAAAUUGCUACGAUCUGCUGAUCCAGUAAAAGAUCAAACCUUUUGGUUAUCAACUAUUUCUCAUAAAGAACUUCAACAUUGUAUGUUUCCUGUUGGGGAUCUAUCAAAGCCUCAAGUGAAACAAAUUGCUCAAGAUAUUGGUCUUUCACGUAUUUGUUCUAGACGUGAGAGUAUGGGUAUGUGCUUCAUUGGGAAAAGACGGUUUUCAGAUUUUAUUGACAAUUAUUUAGAACCGAAACCUGGCGUCUUUAAAGAUCUUGAAACUAAUCUAGUCUUGGAUGAACAUACAGGUGUACAUCAUUUCACUCAAGGCCAAAAAGCUCGUAUCAAACGUUUUACCGGACCAUAUUAUGUUGCUAAAAUGGAUCCUAAAAAUCAAAUAAUUUAUGUAGUUCGAGAUCCAUCUCAUCCAAGUUUAUUUAUGCGUAAAUGUUGGUGUGGUCCAGCAGUAUGGAUCAAUUCCUAUCCAUUCUCAUUAAUAAACUCAAAAAAUAUACACUUUCAAUGGCAAAAUAAAUGGCGUCCAGUUAAUUGUGUUUUAAAACCAUUUGAAGAUGUCUCAUCAGCUGCAGCCUAUGUUAAACAGGAUAUUCAACGAAGAGAUCAUCAUUGUCAAAUAGAUAAUUCUGCAGCACUGGCCAAUAUUAUUGAUACAUCUAUUGAAGAAGGGAGUAGAACAACUGGCCCAUGUUUGGCAGUUGAAUUAACUGAGCCAAUGCGAUGUAUUGCUCCAGGCCAAUGGAGUGCAUUGUAUGACGGGGAAGUGUGUUUAGGCGCAGCAAUGAUCUACGGUUCAAUUAGUCUAUGGGAAGAAGGUCAAACCGCUUUGUAUAAAUGGAAUCUUAGUGAUUAUGAGCUGACUUAUGCUGGUUAA